AUGGCUCCUCUCAUCUCAGCCAUCUCUCUCCUUCUCCUGCUCGCAGCGUCAAGCGGCGCCAUGGGGCAGGGCACCAGAGUGGGUUUCUACAGCACCACCUGCCCUAGAGCGGAGGCCAUUGUCAGGUCCACCGUGAGGUCGCACCUCGCCGCCGACCGCACCCUGGCCGCCGGCCUGCUGAGGAUGCACUUCCACGACUGCUUCGUGCAGGGCUGCGACGCCUCCAUCCUCAUCGACGGGCCUUCCUCGGAGAAGACGGCGCCGCCUAACCUCUCCGUUAGGGGUUACGAGGUCAUCGACGACGCCAAGACCCAGCUCGAGGCCGCCUGCCCCGGCAUCGUCUCCUGCGCAGACAUCCUCGCCCUUGCCGCUCGCGACUCCGUCGCACUGGUACUUAACAAAAGAUUGAUUUCAUUGAUCGAUUGAUUGGCUUGAUCCUGAUCUGAUUCGUCCCGUUUUUCUGGUGGGCUGCAGACGGGAGGUCCGAGCUGGGGAGUGCCAACCGGACGGCGAGAUGGGACCGUCUCCUCCGCCUCCGACGUCGACCUCCCCUCUUUCACCGACUCCGUCGACUCCCAGAAGCUCCAGUUCUCUCAGAGAGGCCUCACCACCAAGGACCUCGUCACUCUCGUCGGUAAGCACCCUCAGAAAGAAGCUCACCAAGAGAGAGAGAGAGAGAGGCGUCACCGGACCAAUCUGACUCGGGAAUUAUGGGAUGAAACAGGGGCACACACUCUGGGAACAGCGCAGUGUCAGUUCUUCAGGUACAGGCUCUUCAACUUCACCAGCGACGGUGGGCCCGACCCGACCAUCGACGGCGAGUUCCUCACGCAGCUGCGGACUCUCUGCCCCGCCGACGGCGACGGUACCAGGCGGGUGGCGCUGGACAGCGGCAGCGAAGGGAACUUCGACCUGAGCUACUUCAACAACUUGCGCGGAGGGAGGGGGGUGCUGGAGUCGGACCAGAGCCUCUUCUCCGACGCCUCCACCAGGAGGUUCGUCCAGGGCUACACCGGCCUCCUUGCAGGCCUGGUUGGGACCUUCCGCGUCGAGUUUGGGGUCUCCAUGGUUAAGAUGAGCAACAUCGGAGUGAAAACCGGCAACCUUGGGGAGAUCCGCAGAGUCUGCUCCUCCAUCAACUCCUAA